AUGACCCAACGGGUCGUUACAUUGCACGAGGAUGGUAAAAUACUUCAAGGUGCUGACAUAGAAGAGGUGCAUUCCGAUGCGCCUAUCAUUGAUGAAGAGGUCCAUGGUGAAGAAAAGGUUACUGAUACUAUAGAGGUUGCUGCUGAUACAAGGAAACACAUGAUAAAAGGGGCUCUUCACACUCUGACUCAGAUGUACAAAGCAAAGCCUCCCUUUUCUCAGAGGAUGGCAAAGAAAAAUGAUGAUGCUAAGUGUCAGAAGUUCUAUGAUCAGUUGAAGAAAUUAAUAGUGAAUUUUUCAUUCUUAGAUGCUGUCAAAGAGAUGCCCGAAUUUGCUAAGUUUAUGAAAGACCUUCUUACGAAUAAAAGGUCUGUGCAACAUGAGACAGUGAAUUUUAAUCAUAGGUCUGUGCAACAUGAGAUAGUGAACUGUACUCAUCAUGUGAGUUUGAUCAUUGCUUCCACCACAGUUAAAAAGAAGGGAGAUCCAGGGGCAUUUACCAUCCCGUGCAAUAUUGGGCUUCAUGCAUUCGCCCAUGCUUUGUGUGAUAAUGAGGCAAGUAUCAACUUAAUGCCCCUUGCUAUUUUCAAACAAUCCGGAUUGGGAAAGCAUAGACUGACUUCUACGCGAUUACAGAUGGCGGAAAGAUCUAUCAAGAAGCCAGAUGGGGUUAUAGAUGAUGUGUUGGUGCAAGAGGGUAAGUUCAUGAAGCUUGCUGAUUUCGUUAUUCAGGAUUGUGCGGUGGAUAGAGAUAUUCCCAUCAUCUUGGAAAAACCAUUCCUUGCUACAGGCAGAGCGCUUAUGGACUUUGAAAAGAAUGAAAUUAAGUUCCGAGUGAAUAAUGAAUAA